CCCCUCCCCGCCCCUGGCCUCCCGACAAGACACAUACACGCGCGCGCUCUGUGCACGUCCCCCUCCCCCCCUUUCCAUCCUCGCCCUUCCUCCCUCCCGCUAGCCUUCGCCACCCACCGACCGGUCCAAGCCGGCCAACCCCCGGAACAUUAUGUCAGGUGCUACGGCCGGUGCAACCAAGCGCGGUGGCCGGGCCGGGGCCUCGGCCCGCGGCGGCUCCAACACCCAGCGCAAGCAACACUCGGAGAUGGAGCGGAAGUAUCGCGCCGAGCUGAACGACGCCAUCACCUCCCUGCGGAAGUUGCUGACCCCCACCAAUGCCGACCCUCCGCAGGGGGUGUUCCCCAUCCUGCCGGAGGCCCACAACAUUGCCAACAUCAACAAGGCCCGGGUGUUGCAGCUGACGGCCAAUUACAUCCGCCAGGCCAAGACCACGCUCAUGCUGACGAAUGAGCUCCUGCUGGAGGGCGAGCCGCAGCUGGAAGUCGGCGCCCCGGCCGGGGAGCUGGCUUUGCUGGGCCCCGGCGGCCUGACCGGCGGCCUGGCUGGCGGCCCGGCCGGGGGCGCCGGCCGGCGGCCAGAUCUUCCCCCCUGCGGGGGAGCCUCCUUCGGCAGCCACGCCGGGGAGGCCGAGUGCAUGUCGGCCCCCGGCCCCGGGGGCAUGCCCAUGAUGGACGACCCGGCCGCGCGCGAGCUCCUCACCCAGAGGAUCACCCAAAAGUACACCGACGUGGUGACCCGGACCAACCAGCUGGACCUGCAUCUGCGGCUGAUGAUCAACCACGUCUGUGAGGAGGCCAUUUUGCGCGGCCUGGACCCGAAGUCCUGCGAGGAGGAUCUCUACGGCAUGACCGGCCUGGCCAUCUACCCGGAGGCGGUGGCCUCCCUGCUGGAGGAGACUCGCCGACGUGUGACUGCCGAAGUGGCGGCCCAGACCCAAGCUGCCAGCGCCGCGGCGGCCGCCGCCGCCGCCGCCGCCGCCGCCGCCGCCGCGGCGGCCGCUUCCAAGUCCGGCUCCGGGCCGGCCCCCCCACCGGCGUUGCCCGGCGCCGAGAAGGAGUCCACCUCGCGCGUCACGGCCGAGCCGCUGUUGGAUUCCGGGGCGACCGGGCUGCCGCCCCCUCGGCCGCAUCCCGCCCGGCCGUCCAGCAACCCCACCGACCCCGAUGCCGGGGGUGCUGUCCCGGCGGCCGGGGCAUCCGUGAAGAUGCAAGCCGGCUCGCCGGAGCCGGCCGACCCGGACUCCGGCUCGCCGCCACUGUCGCCCGAUGGCGAGCAGCACCAGCAGCAUGGGCCCCUCGAUUCGGGCCUCGCCGGGGGGAUGUACUCCUCGCAGCAUGGGCUAUACCAGCCGCAGGGCGUGCUGGGCUCUGGGCACCCGGGCUACUACUAUGACGUGGUCCCUCCGCCGGGCGCCGGGCCCGGAGACACGCACUAUGAUCUCCGACAUGCCCCGGGUGAUCAGCCCCCGGCGGGUGUCUAUUACGACACCCAAGCACGGCACCCCCCGGCCGCGCAGUAUCACCACCCGUCGCAGCAGGCAUCGCAGCAGCAGCAGCAGCAGCAGCAGCAGCAGCAGCAGCCGUACCACCAGCAGUCGUACCACGCCUCGACACAGCAUGCGCCCUUUCAGCCAUCCUCGCAGUCGCAGCAGCCGGUGCAAUACGACCAGCACCACUACCACUCGCACCAGGGUCCGGCGUAUCAUCACAUCGACCCGUCGGCCGGAGACUUUGCCGGGGGCCCCCCUUCACACGACUUCCUGGCACCGCAUGCCGUCUCGUCUGGCGGCCCUGCAGGCCGGCCAUCGCCCCAGGCACCCGGCGUUCGGGCCUCGGUCAUGGUCAUGCCUGGAUCCUCGGGCUCUGGGGCAGCGCCGCAGCAGCCAUGGGCCAUGCUCACGCAGAUUCCCGGCCCGGCCCGGCCGCGGUCCUCCUCCGUCUAGGGCGGCCGCCUCCGCCGGGCGGGCCCCCGCGCCCUGGGCCGCCCCCCUCACUUGCUCGUGUGGAUGUCUGUGCUGGCGUCCGCCCGCGCUCCCUCUCCCCUCACCCCCCUCUCUCUCUCUGUAGGCUGCGCGUAAGCGCGCCGGCAAUACACCCAGUUUUGUCCC